AUGGCUGAGGCCGCUUCCCCCGAGAAGACUACUACUGAAGAGUCAUUUCUCUCACAGCCGAAUUCUGAUGCCCAAGGCCAACUCACGGCGGCAGUUGACGAACUCCUUGACCAGCUGCAAAGCAAGUUUGAUCAUGUUUCAAAAGAGAUGUUUGGGAAGCUGGAUGAUAUGACUCGUCGACUUGACGAACUCGAAGCUUCCUUGACAGCGUCUGGAGGCGACUCAGCAUCAGCAACGCCGACAAAAUAG